AUGGCCUCUCGGUUUCAAAACUUAUAUGUUGCGCGCUUAACGACUCAAGAACGCCCAUGUUUUGUAUGUAGUAAAUUUACAUCAGUGGUUUUAACUUCGGCCGACAACAGCAAUGACGACUGGUUAUAUGUGUGCCGUAGUCAUCUUGGCGAUACGAAUUUCUGUGAUAAGCUGGGAGGCAAACCUGCUCAGCCAGUAUCUCCACGUUUAAAAAAGACAAAUCUAGAAGACAGAAAGCCUGAAAGUGACAGUGUGGGUGACUUGGUGGCUAGUAUUGGAUCGGUCUGGAAGAGCUGGAGAGGUUCAAAGGAGGAAAAAGAUGAUAAGGGAGACAAGGAAAAGGAGAAUAAAGAUGAAGAAAAGAAGAAGGAAGAAGAGGUACCAGCUACCCCAACCACGCCAACCACACCAACUACACCAACUACACCAACUUCUUCUACUGCACCUAUAAGAUUUGUGCUUCAAAAGGAUUAUUUUUAUCUACGUCAAAGAGAAUAUAUCAAAAAGAAUGAGAAAAAACAGGCUAAAGAAAGGCUUGCUGGGCUAUCAUUCCCAGAAGUGCCAAAGCAGCGUCCUGGUGCUUAAUAAAAAAAAAUAUGUAUACAUGCACACACACAAAUAUAUAUAUAUAUAUAUGUGUGUGUAUUAAAAAAAAACUGUAAAUAGUCC